UGAUUUUGAAGUGUUUUUUGACCGUUGGACGCUUGAACUCCGGGAGUUCGAAACCAAUCUUAUCUCUUGGAACCUUGGUAACCACGUUUAUUUUGAUUUCAACCGAUACUGCAUCCAUAUCCUCAAUCUCUCAGCCAUUCUUAUUCUUGCAUAGCGCAGCAUGGAAGGUAGCUCCAAAGUGGAAGCAUUAAGCCUCUCCGAAGCAAAGAGAGAGGAGAGAAGAACCAAAUGGGCCACCCAGGUGGUCUUCAGAUCAUUGGCGACCACCGCCACGUUCGCUGCCGGUCUGGUCAUCAUCUUCGACGAGCAAACGACCGACAUCGCCGGCUUCACCAUGCACGCCGACUAUAAGUCCUCUCCUGCCUUCAGGUUCUUCAUGAUUGGGAAUUUUGUGGCCGCUGGAUAUGGUAUGCUGGCACUGAUUUUGGUCUCGUACACUGGAACCAAUUGGCUCGUCAGCUUCAUGGAUUUGAUGUCAAUGUCCCUGGUAAUGGCUUCGGCUGCGGCUGCAACAGCAAUUGGUCAUGUGGGAAAGAAAGGAAACAGCCACACGGGCUGGAUGCGGGUGUGCAAUUAUUUUGAGAAGUUCUGCAACCGGAUUGAAUACUCCAUUGCAUGUUCUUACGCUGGUUUUCUCUGUCUUCUUGUGGUGUGUGCUCUGAGUGGAAUUCCAAAAGCUAGGAACAGCAGUUAAUUUAAGUUCUGAGUUUAUUGUUUUCUUUUAGUGGCAACUCGUUAGAUCUAUGAACCAUCCUGUCAAUUCAGAUUGUGGAAUAAGGAAUUGUAAUCUUUCUCACAUUGUAAUUCUGCAAAUUAUUGUCAUAUUUGUGUUUGGAUAUCAUCUGUAGUUAUCUGGACAUGUUUUUCGGUUGCAACAGGGUAGAA